UGUGGUGGGCCCCUGCAGGGAGAGCAGCUGGAUAUUUACUCACGGGACGUGGAGGUUGGAUCCAUGGAGGAGGUGGAACCAGAGGAGCAGCUCCUCCAAUAUGCCCGGAAUGGAGAUUUGCUGGGAGUUCAGGGGCUCCUCAGUUCCGAGGCUUGGGUGGAGAAGCACAUCGACAUCAACUGUAAAGGUAAAAGCAAGUGGAACCUGGGAUGGACGCCUCUGCACCUGUCCUGUUACUUUGGGCACCGAGACGUGGUGGAGGAACUCCUGAAGGCGGGAGCAAAUGUUAACCUGCCCAAUAACAUUGGAGACACUGCGCUGCACAAAGCUGCAUUCACAGGGAGGAAGGAGGUUGUCAUGCUGCUGCUGCACUAUGAUGCAUGCGCUACUGUCAUCAAUGGGAGCGCUCAAAUUCCCAAAGAUGUCACUCAGAAUGCAGAGAUCAGAAGCAUGCUGGAAGCUGCUGAAAGAACAGAAGAGCGGAAGCUGGAGGAGAAACUUCUGGAAGCAGCAAGAGAAGGAGACCUAUCGACGCUAACUCAGCUGCUCAGCAGGAAGAAGCCUCCAGAUAUCAGCUGCAUAGAUCUGCUGGGUAACACUCCGCUGCACUGUGCCGCCUACCGAGGCCAGAGGCUGUGCGCCCUCAAGCUGCUCAGGAGCGGCGCUGACCCCAACGCCAUGAACAAAAACGGGCAGACGGUGUUUGACCUGGCCAGCGAUGCAACAAUGAAGCAGUGUCUUGAAAGCAACGUUCAUCGAGGUUUGACCCGUCAUGUCAAAAAGUAUGAAGGACUCCUCUGGAAGAGCUCCAGGUUUUUUGGCUGGCGCUCCUACUGGGUGGUUCUGCAGGAUGGGGUCAUAUCCUGGUACUCAAAGCAGUCCGAUGCAGCCGUAAAUGUCAGAAGGCAAGGCUGCAAGUCGCUCACUAACGCCACCUGCUUGAUACGAGCCAAAGAUAACUGCUUCUUCAGCCUUAAGUGUUUCGAUGACAGCGUGCAUCAGUUCAAAGUUUGCCCUAAAAGUGAACCGGAGGCAGCCAGAAAAGCAUGGCUGGAUGCGCUGGAAGAGCACUCAGCUUACAGCACACACUACUGCUCCCAGGAGCAGGGCAGCGAGGAGGAGGAGGACGAGGAGGAGAAGGGCAUGUCGCUAGGGGAACUGACAGACUCGCUACAGGCAGCCGAUGUUAGCCAGAAGAAGCUGGAAAACGAGGUGGCGGCGCUCCUAUCCCUGCUGAAAGAUGACGGCCUGUCAGAACGUUUUCCUUCGACUGUGCUGCAGAAGAUGCAGGAAAUCUGUGAUUUGUCCAGCGAGACCACCUCCAGUCUCGCCGUCUGCCUCAGCCUCUUCUCCAGGCAGGAGGGGGUGCGCAGUGUGAAAUUGGAGCACGAGGUGGAGAAGAACAAGAUCCUCUCUGAAGCACUGCAGACUCUGGCCACGGAGCACCACGAACUUGAGCAAUCCGUCGUCAAGGGAUCGUCACCGCGCAGCGCCCUCAGCGAGGAUGAGUUCCACGACGCCGUGUCUGAGUCCGGCUCCGAGCUCUCCCUGAGCGGCUUUGAGACGGUGGCCAGCAAUUCCUUUGAAGAGGACGAGGAGGAGGACGAAGGCUCUGUCAUGCUAAGCAGUCCCUGCAGCAGCCCCACCACCAGCAUGUUGCAGGAGGAUCACCAUGGAGACAAAGAUGAGACUCGACCCAAUGGGAUAACAAAGCACAGGGCGAGCUUACCGGCGCCGAUGUUCUCAAGAAACGACUUCAGUAUCUGGAGUAUUUUGAGGAACUGCAUUGGAAUGGAGCUCUCCAAGAUUACGAUGCCCGUUAUUUUCAACGAGCCUCUGAGCUUCUUGCAGCGUCUAACGGAGUACAUGGAGCACACGUACCUCAUCCAUCAGGCCAACGCAGCGUCUGAAUCCAUUGAGAGGAUGAAGUGUGUGGCUGCGUUUGCCGUGUCUGCUGUGGCCUCCCAGUGGGAGCGGACUGGGAAACCCUUCAACCCGCUACUGGGAGAAACCUAUGAGCUGGUCAGGGAUGAUCUGGGGUUCAGGCUCAUAUCGGAGCAGGUGAGCCACCACCCUCCUGUUAGCGCCUUCCAUGCUGAAGGUCUGAAGCAGGACUUUGUGUUUCAUGGAUCCAUCUACCCCAAACUUAAGUUCUGGGGCAAGAGUGUGGAAGCUGAGCCCAAAGGCAUCAUCACACUGGAGCUGCCCAAGCAUAACGAAGCCUAUACAUGGACAAAUCCUACCUGUUGUGUUCAUAACAUCAUUGUGGGUCAGCUGUGGAUUGAGCAGUAUGGAAACGUUGAGGUGAUCAACCACAGAACUGGUGAAAAGUGCUGCCUGAAUUUCAAACCAUGUGGACUUUUUGGGAAGGAACUGCACAAAGUUGAAGGUUAUAUUCUUGAUAAAAGCAAAAAGAAGCUGUGCGCGUUAUACGGGAAGUGGACGGAGUGCCUGUACGUCGUCGACCCGGCCGCCUUUGAAGCUCACAAGAAAAACGACAAAAAAGGAGAAGAGAAGAAAGCCAGUAAAGCGGGUAACAGUGGGGAUCAGGAGGGUGUUCCCUCACCUGCUGCAGACACUGUGGAUGUGAUUCCUGGAAGCCAGCUGCUGUGGAGGAUUGCACCCAGACCAGCAAACUCUGCCCAGAUGUACAGCUUCACAUCGUUCGCCAUGCAGCUGAACGAGCUGAGUAAGGACAUGGAGGGAGUCAUUCCUCAGACCGACUGCAGGCUCAGGCCGGACAUAAGGGCCAUGGAAAACGGCGACAUCGACUUUGCAAGUGAAGAAAAGAAGAGGUUGGAGGAGAAGCAGAGAGCUGCUCGUAAAAACCGCUCCAAAUCUGAUGAGGAGCACAAGACCAAGUGGUUCCAGCAGGGGCCAAACCCCCACACCCGCUCCCAGGACUGGCUCUUCGCUGGUGGAUACUGGGAUAGGAACUACAGCCAGCUGCCGGAUAUUUAUUAAUAGAAAAAACGCACCUGUUCUUUAAAUUAUCACCAAUAGCUGUUUGAUUUUUGUUGAUUUUCUUUUUUUAAUGAAUAACUACACUAUUUCUGAGCACUUUUGGAGGCGUGCACCUGAACAUUGUUACCUUCUUGUAAAUUAUGAUGGGGGGAAACAAGUCAAUACUUGUUUGUAGUUUGAGGACACUUUGAGAUGCAUUAUUCGUUAUUAUAUUAAUUAAAUAGUUUAUUUCCUGGUUUUCAGCACCAUGUUCUGGGAGUUUAUAGUUUUUUUUAAACCUUUUAUCUUCUUUUAAGGGUUUAUAAUUGUAAAUCUGUGAAUAUAUUCUGACUGAGCACCGACCUCAGCGAUGGAUGCUCUGCUCCUCCCUCUUUUUAACCUAAUAUUUUUGCCUUGUACAGUAAAGGGAUGCUUUUAAACCCUCCUUAUAUCUUACAGUGGAUAUUUUCUCGCUCAUAUACCCCUGUUAAAUUAACUAUAGCAAUAUUUUUUUAAAUCGUCUGGUCGAUGUCCUCUGUUUUUUUAAAAGCACAUGGAAAUAUUUGAGCAUUGUAAAAAAGUUAAAGUUGGAUCUGAUUCCUGCUGUGAAUUGAAAUAUUAAUUCCUUACAUAAACUGGGCGAUUUUUGCUUAAAAUCAUUUUUACAAACAAAGAAAAACCAUGAUUUGAGUAGAAAGAAAUGUAAUGUUUACUGGAUUUUUCUAGAUGUUUUCUCUGCAUUCAUAUAGAGCAAUAGAGCUGUAAAUUGCCUACGUAUCUCAAUAAAACAUU